UGGAUUCGUCAUCGAUCAUCGGCCUUGGCUCGUCGGGUCGAGUAAGCGAGUAAACACAAAGGCUUUUAUACUCGCGCAAAAUGCGUAAUAAAAGGGUUAAUUAAGGCUUAGAAGAUGUGACCGUCGGGCGCGUGAUGUGAUUUUUCCUCGCCAAUAUGACCAACAUUCGUCCAAUGACUCAGGCCAAGUAUCAGCUGCUCGUCGAAAGCAGAAGAACCUUGUCCAAUGCAAAGUGGCCUAUUAUUACUGUGACCUGUCUUGCCUUGGGGCUGAUACUGGGAUCGUUAUUUGUUGUCCUGCAGCUGCUCAAAAACAUCCAGUUCAAGUCUUGGUAUGAACUGUCAGAAAAUGCAACCUACACGAGCAAAAGGGCUGAGUUCUACGCAAUGGCCUCGACCCAUCCAGGCAAAGGCUUGUCCCAGAUGUCCAUCUUUUCAUCCGAGCCAAAAGCACAAGUGCAUCAUCCAUCGAGGAACUUCCUCAGGAGCAACCGUAGCAGUCCCUACCCCAGCAUGGACAAUCAGCACCUUGUGUGCUACUACGCCAUCCACGUCGAAGACCCGUCCAAGCAGAUGCAGCCGGAGGACAUCGACCCCUUCCUCUGCACACACCUAAUCAUAGCAUUUGGGCAGAUAGAGAACUGCACUCUGCAGCCGCUUCUACCUGAGGAUAUGCAGAUUUAUGACAAGGUCGUCGCCCUCAAACAAACAAAUCCCGCCCUCAAAGUGAUGCUUUCUGUAGGCCAGUUGACCCCAGAAGGGGGAUUUUUUGACCUGGUCCAGUCUGAAUCAAAGAGGAAGAGUUUCGCUCGUCAAGCAGCAGCGUUUUUGAAUGAGCUGAAAAUUGAUGGCUUGGACCUGGACUGGGAAUUCCCAGAGUGGCCUCCUCCUGGCCACAAAGGGGUGGAACGCGCCGCCCUGUCUAGUCUUUUGUACACUCUUCGACGCAACUUUCGAGGUGGUCGACGCAGACUACUCUUGUCAGUGGCAGUGGGUGCCCCGAAGGCCAUAGCCGACAUCUCAUAUGACGUACCUUUCAUGGCAAAGUAUGUCGACUUUGUCAACCUGAUGACCUACGACUUUCACUCUUAUGUGUGGUACCUGCCAGUGACUGGCCAUAAUGCGCCAUUGUACUCCAAUCACUACGACAAGGGUCUUUUCACCACCCUCAACACCAAUUGGUCUGCAAAUUAUUGGCAUGAUCUAGGCAUGCCAAGAAGGAAAAUCCAAAUCGGCAUUCCAACUUAUGCUCAUACUUUUAGACUUGUCAACCCUGAAAACAAUGGUCUCAACGCUCCAGCAAUUGGAUUUGGUUCAAUCGGAGUCAAAGGAUUUGCACAUUAUGCAGAUAUUUGCAACUUCACCAGUCAACCUAACACAGGUGUCCGGUGGGAUAAUGAAAGUAAAGUUCCUUACGCAUUUAACAAUUAUGAUUGGGUGUCGUACGACAAUGUCACAAGUGUUGAACAAAAGACGACUUUGGUCAAGUCGAUGAAUUUUGGUGGCGCCAUGGUGUGGUCCUUGAGCCACGACGAUUUCUCCGGCAGCUGCGGCCAGGGAAAAUUCCCGCUGGUGAACAGAAUCAAAAAGGCCCUGCACAUCCGCCACUCGGACAUCAUGUUGUGACAAAUGGAGCAGGGCUUAGCUAAAGCCUUUGGUUUUGUGCCCUACCACAAGCCCUAACUUAAAAAUGAAGAUUGGUUUACUGUUGAUGUUCAGGAAAUAUAUUGAAACUAAUAUUGUUUGAAUUGUUACGCUUAUCGUCAGCCAAAAACGAAUUGCUACCUUGUUGACAAGCUUUCAUAAUCAAAUAACUUUUAAAUUACAGUAUUUAAAAUAACUUUGAAUAUUUAUCUGCUUCUGGUGAUAUUGCAACGGGCUUUACUGGUAGUGUUCAUAUAUGGAUCAGCAGUGCUUUUCCAGCCAAAAGAUUAAAAGUUUUUUCUGUCAAAGACUACUUGUCAAAAUUGCUUGCUGCUUUUAUACUCCGUAUUUAAAGUCAUUCCGCUGGUAGGUUAUUCCGUAUUUAUCCCUAGUCUUGUCAGCAGAGUAUUUUAUAUUUAUUCCCUAUGAUAUCAAAAUCACUUAUUGACUUUGUGACAGAUUUGCUCAGCCUGCGCUAUUUUACAGGCUCUUUUAUUUUUAUUACUGCUUGUUGAUUUUAUCAUAGACGAAAUAUAUUAAUACAAAUAUAAAAUCGCAGAUACCCUACUCCUGCAUGUACUGUUAGUGUGUUCUCAGAAGUUAAUCAUUAAAAGUCAGUGAUAACAAAAAUUGUAGCAAUAUCUUAUCUAUACAUAAACUUGAUGAUAUUAAUAAAAUUUGCCGACUAGACCCAGAUGAAAAUAAAAUUUGCGCAUGCCUUUAUUAUUCCUCUAAGGUUUAAAAAUUAUCAUAAUUAUUAAUGCACACACAAAAGAUCGAAAAUUAUUUCUGUUAAAAUUCAAAGAGUCAUAAGAGAAAAAAAAAUCGAAAAAAUCUAUCAUUAAACAACUUCUUGCCCCUUCAAAAAGAAUGAAGUAGAAGAAUGGCAAUACAAGUAAUGGAGACCAAAAAAAUAUAUUGAAACUGGACUUUACAUUAAUGAAAACCAUAUAGGUUGAAUUAAAAGAAAAAUAUAUUGUGCUCGUAGUACCGUUUGGACAGUGUGUAACGUAAUUAUGUAUGUACUUUCACUCGCUUCUCGCUCGCACUUAAAUUU